CAUUGAGUUUGGCGCGCGGGACUUGACAGGGAAAAAUACAUCCCGUCGCGUUUGUAACAUUAUUACUUGUUUUUAUUAAGUUAAGGGAAGUUUCCCCAUUAUGUGGAACCAAGGAGGCUACAGCGAGGCCGGGACGAUGGGGGGUUACACCCAGUCCCCUGGAGGGUUCGCAUCUCCCAGCUUAUCCCAGGGAGGAGAGAAGAAAGGGAGAACUCGUGCUACACAAAUAAUCCCAUGCACGGUGUCCCAGCUGAUGUCUGCCUCCCAGGCUGAUGAAGCCUUUAGAGUAGGAGAUGUGGAGGUUUCCCAGGUCACUAUUGUGGGCAUCAUCAGAAGCACGGACAAAUCCAUGACCAACAUCCAGUACAAGAUUGAUGACAUGACAGGUGCUCCCAUGGACGUAAAACAGUGGGUAGACACAGAGGACCCCACUGUGGAAAGCACUGUCCUGCCGCCAGGAACAUAUGUCAAAGUCUCUGGAAACAUGCGCUCUUUUCAGAACCACAGGUCUGUUGUGGCAUUCAGCGUCAGGCCCUUGGAGGACAUGAACGAAAUCACCUCACAUAUUCUGGAGGUUGUCCAAGCACAUAUGGCGCUCGGCAAACUUUCGACCAUGGCGGGUUCCGGUGGAGGAUUAAUGGGUAACAGCGUGCCCAUGUCACGGCCAGCCUCCGGGGGGAUGGCAGGGAGCUAUGCAGGCGCUAACGACAUGAUAAAUAAUGGCUUAAGUGCAAAUCAGAAUCAGGUUCUGACUUUAAUAAGAAGCUGCCCAGACGCGCAGGGUAUCAGCAUUCAGGAUCUGAAGCAGAGACUCUGUGGCAUUGGCCUUCCAGUUAUCAAGCAAGCAGUGGAAUUCCUAAGCAACGAAGGUCACAUCUUUUCCACCAUCGAUGAAGACCACUUCAAAUCAACAGACAAUGAUGACUGAGCAACUUCAUCUUUGCAGCAUGUGUGUGGUUACUAAAUUGAAUUGAGGCUUUUCAAUGUAGGGUUAAUAAGUUGGGAGUUGCAGAGUAAGUGAACAACCUCUGACAUGUUAGAAUAAGACCAGGUGAAAUCUUAAAAAUUAAAAGCUGUGGCUGUCUGCUGAGCAACGCGUUGUCUUGGUUUCCACAUCCUGUAUUCCUGGUGUUGCUUCUGCUUGGUGUAAACCCACAAGUGCAACACCCCCUGUAAAACAUUUUGUAAUUUUUAACUUUUGGAGGACAUGUACUCUGUUUAUUUUUGUCAAUUUCAUUUACUUUUGCCAAAAUUAAAAAUAUAAUGCAAA